UUUUUUGCCGAAUAUUUAAUCGAUUGUUAAUUUAUUUAGUUAAAUGGUCCUGUUUGCUUACUUUCGUUCCUAAAUUAAAUUAUUCAGUUUUUUGAUAUUGUGUCACUUAUUUUCGGCAUAUCCUAUAAAAUCUAUAAAAGCGUUUAAAAUGUUUCCAUCUGCGAGUUCUAUUGGUAACCUAGAGGAACCACCGUUUACGCACAUUAGUGACCCAAUUUCGGAAUAUGUACGAGGCAAUAUAUGCUCAUCCGAAGAGGAUUCCUUAUUCCCUGAAGAUGAUUUCGAUCUAAACGAAACUUUGUCACUCAUGGAGGAAAACAUGCGGCUAAGUCAACAAAUCUUCGGUGAUACGGAAUCUAUCGUGAGCUUCUCACAAGGUAGUAGACAAUCAUUAACGGAGAUCUUGGGCAUGAUAGAUGAUGUAAACCCGAUUAAUAACGACAAAAAUUAUAAUUUUAAUAAGGCAUUAAGCGGUUUAAAUCGAAGGCUCAGUGAAGAUCAACAAUAUUGUAAUAAAAGUGUAGGUGGUGUUAAGAAGGCACCAAAGACUCCGAAACUGACAAAAUCAAAGUCAAUUUAUGGAAAUUAUAGAGAAAAGUGCCUUGAGACUAAAAAAACUGAAUCAAAACAAAAGAGACGAUUAAGCCAGGAUCAAUUCCCUGAAGAGGAUUUCGAUCUAAACGAAACUCUGUCACUCAUGGAGGAGAACAUGCAGCUAAGUCAACAAAUCUUCGGUGAUACAGAAUCUAUCGUGAGCUUCUCACAAGGUAGUAGACAAUCAUUAACGGAGAUCUUGGGCAUGAUAGAUGAUGUAAAUCCGAUUAAUAACGACAAGCAUUAUAAUUUUAAUAAGACAUUAAGAGGUUUAAAUCCAAGGCUCAAUGAAGAGCAACAAUAUUGUAAUAAUAGUGUAGGUAUCAAGAAGGCACCAAAGACCCCGAAACUGAAAAAAUCAAAAUCAAUUCAGGGAUAUGAUAGAGAAAAGUGUUUUGAGAUUAAGAAAACUGAAUCAAAACAAAAGAGACGAUUAAGCCAGGAUCAAUUCCCUGAAGAGGAUUUCGAUUUAAACGAAACUUUAUUACUCGUGGAGAAGAACAUACGACUAAGUCAACAAAUGGUCGGUGAUUCCGAAUCUAUCACGAGCUUCUCACAAAAUAGUAGGCAAUCUUUAACAGAGUUUCUAAGCAUGAUAGACGAUUUAAACCCGAUUAACAUCAAUAAGAAUAGCAAUUUGAAUAAAGCAUUUAAAGAGUUAAAUAGAAAACUCAGUGAGGGGCAAGAAUCUAGUUAUAAAGGUCAAGAUCCUAUUAAGAAGACAAAAAAGACCCCGAAGAUAAUAAAAUCAAAAUCUAAGGACUCAGUUCAGGUAAAUGAUCGAGAAAAAGGGCAUGAUAUAAAAAAAUCUGGAUCAAAAAGAGAUAAAGCUGAAAAAAAGUCUUGCACCUAUAAAAGCAUCAGCAUAAAGAUUAAUCACAUUAAAAAAACAAAAACAUCUACGAUUGAAGAAAUGGAAGUUGUUAAUGGCAUUAGAAAAACUAGGUCACAAACGAGCAGAAACCAAAAAAACAACAAUACCCAACAAUUUAGUCAGCAACCAUGCCCUAAAACGGGUUGUAGAGCUAAAAUAGACCAAUGGCGAGUAAACAAAUUGAAGAGCUUACAACAACUGAGGGACGUCGGGUUGUACGUUUUAUGUGACAGUUGCGACAAAACCCGCUACUUACCGGACGUGAAAGAUCCACUAGACUUGCCGGAAAAUUGGUAUUGCUACAUGAAUCCGGAUCCAAAUUACAACUCGUGUUCCAGUCCUGACUAUUACAUUAAUCCACAAGAAGAAGCCAAAAUAAUCAUUAAUAAGUACCAUGCAGGAAGUAUUGUUUGGGCCAAAAAUGGCAGCCAAUGGUGGCCCGCAUUAAUCGACGAUAACCCGGAUACCCUACAGUAUUUUUGGAUGGCAGAUAAACGCUCAAAGAUCCCUACUUGGUACCAUGUGACGUUCUUUGGCUCGUCUAAAAUACGCAAUACCUGGAAAAAAACUGAAGAGCUGGAGCCUUUCCGCUCUAUGUUGCAGACUAUUGAGCCUAAAAAAUGUAGGCCUGCUUUGAAGGCUGCAAUAAGAGACGCAAAAAGUGCCGGCGAAUUGAGUAUUUUGGAUCGGCUGCAAAAGUUCAGUUAUUUGCAGAGAUAUAUUUUGAAGGAACCAAAAAAGGGGAAUAAGAGGAAUCUAGACGAGAACAAAGAAGCUGAUGGUAACCUUCCGGUAACAAAAAGAAGAAGUCCUAGGUUAACUAACCAAUCUAUGAAAUAAUUAUUGAUAAGUUAUUGUUUUUCAUGGUUCAUUGUUACUAUUUAUUAUUAUCGUUCGUAUUCGUUUAUGUAAUAAAUAAAACAGUUCAAGUUUAA